AUUUACUCAUCACUUGAAUGGUCUCUCAUCUCACUAUUUGCCAUCAACCACUGUCAUCACUCAUCCACAUAUACACAUAUACCCUAAUCAUAAGAAAACCACAAGAAACAGCUCUUCAAUAUGCCUUCUCGCGAUACCCCCCGCCCCACCAUGCUUAUCCUUGAUGAGUUACCUCAGUCCUGCAAGAAUAUCCUCUCUUCUGGAGGAAUCCAGCUUGAGUUCCUGGACGCUCACAAGGCCUCAUUUGCUGAGAUUCAGCUCAGGAUGAGUUACUGCAAUCUCAUUGCCAUUCGUUCCCGAAAAACUGCUGAAAUUAUCUCCUACCUCCUCUCGUACUGGCCUACCUCACGUUUGCAUGCUAUUGCCUGCUUUGAGGGUGGUGUUGCCUCGGCCCUGACCAUUAAGCAUAUUCCUAUCUUAACCCUGGACUCUACUCCUUCCCCUUAUGCUGUUAGUGAGCUUUGCCUCUCCUUGACCAUUAUCCUUUCUCGUCAGCUUUUAAAUCGUAACCGUCAAGCUCACGGCGGCAUCUGGAACAAGGAUCACACCAACUGCCAUGAGAUUCGCAACAAGACCAUGGGCAUCUUGGGAAUCGAGUCCAAUCAGGUCUGUGGUCAUCAGACCGGUAUCUUGGCUCAGGCGCUAGGUAUGCAUGUCAUUGCACAUACUCCGCGCUUACAUAUAAUGACUCAUGGACGCACCACAAACGUCAAAGACCUGGACACGGUUGCACAACAGUCUGAUUUUAUGGUCAUUUUGGAUGAUGGUGACUUGAUGGAAAACCCGGCCUCGAUCCAAGUUCGUAGAUCUCUGCAGGGACAAAUCUUAAUCCAUGCUAGUGUUGGUGACGACGAUGGCAAGCGGACUAAGAAGUUUUUGAACUGGCUUGAAAAGGCAGUGGCACCUGUCACGGAGGAGCAAGAGAAGAAGAUCCCAAUCCAAUUGGGCGGUUUGGCCAUCGUAAUUCCUUCAAGCGAUUUUGAUGAGGAUUAUUUCUGUAACAGUGUUGAUGUACAAACUCAUGGAGGAUCCCUAGAAGAAGAAGCUCGAGAUGAAGGCUACUCUACAGAGGACUAUUAUGCAUGCUUCAAGACUGGACAACAUGGUCGGACCUCGACCGCUGUACAAAAAAGGCGUCUUGCGUGGCGUGAUCAACUACGACGAAUCGGUGUCGAUAAUGUUGUCUUUAUCCCUCAGCACACAUUGGACACCGUAGAGUCUUUUACAGCGAGUGCCAACAAGUUUGUACACAAGCUUGUGGAUAUGAGUAAGGAAAUCAUGACGCUGACCUGAGUGUGCCUCAUCAUCUAUUAGAAUGAUAUACUCGAAUUUCUGGUAUGGCCUAAAGGACGUAAUCUCCGUUGUUCCUGUUAGAGGGGAUUUCUUUUUUAUAACAGUUAUCUUGCUCGUACCAUGAAAUAAAAAUUGUAUCAAAAC